CUACCCCUCUUCCCCCCCAAAACCCCAUCUCCAACACCACACCGUACAACAUGACUCGCUCCCACAAGGCCAAUGACCGUGACCACAAGGGCCUUGCCGACGGCACCGCCGCCCCCUCAGAGCAUCUCCCUCGUUUCUUUGCCAAGCAUGGCUAUGCCGACGCCGAUCCCAAGAAGAUCAAGAAGGACGGCGGCGGCAAGGGCAACUGGGGAAACUUUGGAGAAGAGGUAGUGGAUGAAGACUUCCGCUUCACCAACGCGCGUCGUCGCUCCAACAGCAGCACCGUUUCACAUCACAUGGGCGAGUUCAAGACCAAGUUCGACGUGAAUGAGCCCGAGCCCGUUUUCGAGGAGUCGGUGCACGGCCCCGGUAGCGACGAGGGCGACGACCUGUCCAAGACGGACUCGUCGGAGAGCGGUGGGUCGUCGGCUCACUGA